UUAACAACUGCAGUUUGCCUUAAAAGAUCCUUUCUUUCGGAGCGAUUACUUUCUACCUGCCAAAUAUGUUCCCAUGCAGUCUUUUGGGUUGCUUUCAGACGCAUCGAAACCGGUUGAUAAGCUGACAGCUACAGGUAACUGUUUCAUUUGUGAUAAAGAUGCUGUCGAGACGAGCUCUUAUUCUUGCGCUGCUGUUCGUAUUUUGUGAAAUACAUGCAAAAGAUGUGCAGGAAUGUGAACACGUUGCACACCAAAACUAUGUUUGUCGCGAAAUUGAAAACUUUGAGCAACUCUGCCACUACAUACAAGCGGAUUGGCAAAACAUUAAGGUUAUUAACGAGCAUACGGCAAUUGAAAACGAUGACGAACCGCUCCCCAAGCUGUCAACGCUGCGGCAAUUGGACCUGUCACAGUCUGGAGGCCUGACCCUGGGCAGACGUGGCUUCAGCGAUUUUACUUCGCUACAGCGACUCAACCUGUCGCACUGCCAACUGGAGGAGCUGCAAGCCAAGCAAUUUGACAACAACGCGGCCUUAAUCAGUUUGGAUGUUAGCCACAAUGAUUUGCUGCGCGUUGAACGAGAUCUUUUGAGGCAAAUGCCAAAUCUUGUGCACGCAAACUUCUCAAAUAAUCUCAUAGCCAACGUGGAGAUGGACGCCUUCAAGGAUCUGAAGUACUUGGAGUUUCUUGAUCUGACCACUAACGAACAGGAGAACAUCACUCUGGGCUCUAAUGCCAAUCUGCGUUAUUUGUCCAUUAGCAACAACAAUAUUAAAAAUUUCAAGUGGUGCCGACUGCGAGGACUGCCCCAGCUGCAGGAGCUGCACUUGCACAGUAAUUGGCUGGAAGUUCUGGAUGCGAGCAUCUUCAAUGUUCUGCCCCAACUGCGUGUGCUGAACGUAUCCAAUAACAACAUAUAUGAAAUUCAGCGAAACUUAUUCGGCGGUCCAGGUCCUGAUCGUACUCCAUUGCUGCGUUUGCUCGACUACAGCUCCAACAAUGUUAAAGUGCUUGAUAAUCAAGUGUUUAGCAGGCUGCAGCAACUGGAGACACUCAAUCUCUGGUUCAAUCAGAUAAGCAUGAUCUCGCCAACAGCCUUUCGGGGCUUAGUUAACUUACAAUCGCUACAGUUGCAGGGCAACAAAAUUUGUGUGCUGCCCGAUGAGGUCUUUGCCAAUUUGACGGCCUUACAGCUGCUUGAUUUAAGCAAAAAUAAUAUUAGGCAAUUGGGCGCCAAUGUGUUUGGCAGCUGGGUGCUAAGAAAACUAAGCUAUCUCGAUCUGAGCAACAACCACAUUGAGGAACUGCAUCCCCUGGCCCUCUCCUCACUGCCCUUUCUGCAGCAGCUACGACUCAGGCGCAAUAAGUUGAUUUCAUUGGACAUCCGGAUGAUUGCGCCACUGCGUCGUCUGCGGGUUUUGACGCUGAGCGAGAAUCAUCUCAUGGAACUCGAUCAGGAUCUGCUGACCUGCUUGGACAAGCUGACAGAGCUGGAAAUUCAUAACAAUCGGCUGACCUUCCUGCCUGCAUUGGAGGAGCCGCUUCUAUCGCAGUUGCGCCGCAUUAGCAUAGAGGGCAAUCCUUGGCAGUGCCCAUGCCUUGACGAGCUGACCAACUGGCUGCACACUAAUCAAGUCAACUAUGCUCGGGCUGCCAGUGGCUAUUUCAGCGGCCGGAAACCCCUAUGUAUAGUCACACCAAUGGAGCACUGCGUGAGGGAUUUGCAGCUGGUGCGCGCGCAUGGAUUUGUCGAGAGCUACGAGCAGAUUUGAGGUGAUUGUACUGAAGCAAUAAAUCAA